AUGGCGACUGCGAGAGGCCCGAGUUAUCUGCUGUCACUGGGCAGAUGGCACCGCGGCUUCGGAGUGACUCCCCAGGCCCGGGCUCUCGCCGCCCUCGUGCCCGGUGUAUCCCAGGUGGAUAACAAGUCCGGUUUUCUGGAGAAGAGGCCCCAUCGGCGGCACCCCGGCGUCCUGAAGCUGCCGUGUGUGCGGCUGCCCCGAGCGCUGGCUGACGCCGCGCAGGUAGUGCUGCUCGAGCAUUCAGUGCCCAAUGUGGAGAAGCAGGUGCAAGCAUUGACCAAUUACCUCUGGAGCCGGCAUUUACCUGUAGAGCCAGAGGAGUUGCAGAGACGGGCAGCACAUCUUGAGAAAAAAUUCCUGGAAAACUCUGACUCAUUUCAGACAGAGGAGAAACUUCGUGAAGCAGUGCUGCAUGCCCUACGUAAAACUACCUACCAUUGGCAAGAACUGAGCUACAACGAGGGACUAAGCUUGGUGUAUAUGGCCGCAAGACUGGAUGGUAUCUUUGCAGCAGUCUCCAGGGCAUUCCAUGAGAUCCAGACUCAACUUCCAGAGUUCCAACCAAAAACCCUGAUGGACUUUGGGUCAGGUACUGGUUCUGUUACCUGGGCUGCUCAUAGUAUUUGGGGUCAGAGCCUACGUGAAUAUAUGUGUGUCGACAGUUCAUCUGCCAUGUUGGAUUUGGCAGAAAAGUUACUGAAAGGUGGUUCAGAAAAUGGGAAGCUGUAUAUUCCAGGUGUCUUUUUCAGACAGUUUCUACCUGUAUCACCUAAGAUACAGUUCAAUGUGGUGGUAUCAGCCUUUUCCCUUAGUGAACUGCCCAGCAGGGCUGACCGCACUGAGGUAGUCCAAACCUUAUGGCGCAAGACAAGUGACUUUCUGAUAUUGGUGGAGAAUGGAACAAAAGCUGGGCACUGCCUUCUCAUGGAAGCCAGGGACCUGGUCCUUAAGGGAAAGGAGAAGUCACCUCUGGACCCUCGGCCUGGUUUUGUCUUUGCCCCAUGUCCCCAUGAACUUCCUUGUCCCCAGUUGACAGCCUCUAAGCCUCUGGCCUGUAGCUUUUCCCAGGCGUACCAUCCCAUCCCCUUCAGCUGGAGCAAGAAGCCAAAGGAGGAAAAGUUCUCGAUGGUAAUCCUUGCCCGGGGGUCUCCAGAGGAAGCUAAUCGCUGGCCGCGGAUCACUCAGCCUGUCCUUAAACGGCCACGCCAUGUGCACUGUCACCUGUGCUGUCCAGAUGGGCAGAUGCAGCAUGCUGUGCUCACAGCCCGCCGCCAUGGCAGGGAUUUGUAUCGCUGUGCCCGUGUCAGCUCCUGGGGAGAUCUUUUACCUGUGACCACGCCAUCUGAGCUGCUUCCGUCCCCUGUUGAAGAUCCCCCUGACAGUUGA